AUGACCGACUAUGCACAAGAGCAGGAGAUGGAAAUUGAAGCAUUGGAAGCUAUACUUAUGGAUGAGUUCAAAGAAAUCCAUUCCUCUGAGAGUGGUUUAAAUACUUCAUCUCGGUGUUUCCAGAUAACAAUCACUCCACAGGAUGAUGACAUAGACCAGUCAACAACUACCCCAGUUCAGCUAGGCCUAAUUUUCUCCCACACAGAAAAAUAUCCAGAUGAACCUCCACUUUUGAAUGUGACAAGCAUAAAAGGUGUACAGCCAAGUGAUCUUAAGAAGUUAAAGGAAAAGCUUGAACAAGAGGCAUCUGAAAAUCUAGGUAUGGCAAUGAUCUACACACUGGUUUCGUCAGCUAAAGAUUGGCUGACUGAUUUAUAUGGUCAAGAUGAUGAGAAUGAUGAUAUUGAGGAUCUCGAGGCAAUCAAAGACGAUGUAAUUAUACCACAUGGAGAACCAGUCACUGUUGAGACUUUCAUUGCAUGGAGGGAGAGAUUUGAAGCAGAGUUGGCACUUGAGCGAGCAAAGUUGAUGCCCGAGUCUGUACUCUCCGCCCCGAAAGAGAAGAAGCUUACGGGCAGACAGUGGUUCGAAAGUGGUAAAGGGAGAGGUGCAGCACCUGUCAACGAAGGGUCCGAGGAGGAAGAUGAAGAAGAUAUCGACUUUGAUGAUGACGAUUUUGAUGCAGACGACGAGGAAGACAUGCUGGAGCACUAUCUGGCCGAGAAAUCCGACUCAUCAUCUCAUCAUUCUUCGUCAAGGAGAGCCAACUAG